GUCUUUCAAGCCUUGUUUCAUUAGGGGCACUAGCUCUCAGAACCAUUAAAGAGUGAACGGUUGACGCACACCAUUCACAAAAAAUGUAACUCACAUUUAAACACAGAAGGUACGAUGCUUCCACAGUUUCCGCUGUGGCGGUGCAGUUAUUACUGUAGGACCAGGACGUGUGACGUCCCGGCGUGCUUUGCGCUUCCCGUCCUCUUCCGGUUUGUGAGCCCUGCCGAGAGACACUGAUUGAUCAUGGCAAAGUCCAAGAAUCACACAACUCACAACCAAUCUCGCAAAUGGCACAGAAAUGGCAUUAAGAAGCCCAGAUCCCAGAGAUAUGAAUCUCUGAAGGGGGUUGAUCCUAAGUUCCUGCGGAACAUGCGCUUUGCCAAGAAACACAACAAGAAGGGAAUAAAGAAAAUGCUAGCAAACAACGCAAAGAAUGCCGCCAGCGCCCCCGCCCCUGCAGCUGCAAAAUAAUUUGUACUUGUUGAUGUUAAACCUGGGACUUCAGCAUUACUAUUUUCCAUUUUCUGUGGUGUCACCGCUGAAAUAAAAAAAAAAAA